UUUAUUUCUCGACGCCUGAUUUUAUUAUUUAUCUUUCUUGAAUUUUGAUCUCUCCAGUCCAGACCUCGGGCAUAUCGCCAAUUGAUCGAAUUAGGGUUCCGAGCCUGUUGUUGUACUAGGGCUUGAAAUAAUUUGGGGAAUUAAUUAAUUUAUGGAUUCGUGAUCGUCGUAAUUUGAGUUCGUGCAUUUUGGGAUUGAUUUGAAUUCUAUCUUGUGGAAGACGAUGGGCACUCCGGGGGAGAAUCAAGGGAAAGGGGGUUUCUUCGCGGCCAUGACAUCAGGGCUGUCUAUGUUCGGCAACGCCAUGCAUAGAUCUGUUAACGGAUUGCUUGGUUAUGAAGGGGUUGAAGUUAUAAAUCCUGAAGGAGGCAAAGAAGAUGCGGUAGAAGAAGCCCAAAGAGGAAGAUGGAAGCAGGAGGAGCGAGAUAACUACUGGAAAAUGAUGCAAAAAUACAUUGGUUCUGAUGUGACCUCGAUGGUGACACUCCCUGUCAUCAUUUUUGAGCCAAUGACAAUGAUUCAGAAAAUGGCCGAGUUAAUGGAAUACUCUUACCUUUUAGAUCAAGCAGAUAAAUGUGAAGAUCCAUACAUGCGAAUGGUGUAUGCGGCAUCAUGGGCUGUAUCCGUAUAUUUUGCCUACCAACGUACCUGGAAGCCUUUCAAUCCAAUUCUUGGCGAGACGUAUGAAAUGGCUAACCAUGGAGGGAUUACGUUUAUCUCAGAGCAGGUGAGCCACCAUCCUCCGAUGAGUGCUGGCCAUGCUGAAAAUGAGCAUUUCACAUAUGAUGUGACAUCUAAGUUGAGAACAAAGUUUUUAGGAAACUCUCUUGACGUCUAUCCAGUUGGGAGAACACGUGUGGUUCUUAAAAGAGAUGGUGUGGUCCUUGAUCUUGUACCUCCUCCAACCAAAGUCAACAAUCUGAUUUUCGGUCGCACCUGGAUUGAUUCGCCAGGAGAGAUGGUUAUGACAAAUUUGACUACGGGGGAUAAAGCUAUUCUCUAUUUUCAACCUUGUGGUUGGUUUGGGGCUAAUAGAUACGAGGUGGAUGGAUAUAUAUAUAAUGCUGAGGAAGAACCUAAAAUAUUGAUGACUGGCAAAUGGAGUGAGUCGAUGAGCUAUCAACCCUGUGAUUCAGAAGGAGAACCUCUCCCUGGUACAGAAUUGAAAGAGGUUUGGCAUGUUGCAGAAUCUCCACCAGAUGACAAAUAUCAGUUCACCUAUUUUGCACAUAAAAUAAACAGUUUCGACACUGCACCCAAGAAGUUGUUGGCAUCAGAUUCACGAUUACGUCCUGAUAGAUGGGAACUUGAGAAGGGUGAUCUGUCCAAAGCUGGUACUGCAAAAAGCAGUUUGGAGGAGAGACAGAGGGCUGAAAAGCGACACCGGGAAGCAAAAGGCGAACAGUUCUCCCCAAAAUGGUUUGAUCUGACUGAUGAAACUGCACCCACCCCGUGGGGCGACCUGGAGAUAUUCCGCUACAAUGGCAAGUACACAGAGCAUCGGCGGGCAGUCGACUCCUCCAACUCUGAUGACACGACUGAUGUCAAGUCAACAGAUUUCAGUCCCUGGCAAUAUCCCGAUCUGUCUGUAUAAGGUAAUAAUUCUAAUCUCGGACAUGCUGCAGUUGAUUUUUAAUAUUACCGGACUGCGUUCUUGGGGCAACAAAGAACUAUCCCCUAAGCCGGCCUCGGCAUCUGUAUGUUUAGAAGUAAUCUUAUUACAUUUCCUUCUCGAUGUAUUUCUGUUUAAAUAGAAGUGAUAUUUUUCGAUGUGUGCUCUUUUCGAGGACAUUCUAAGUUGUAGGGAAUAAGAACUUUGUUAGAUAAGUUUUGCCCGGA